UUAGCCUGGUUUUAGCAGUAGCUCCAUCCAAUGCCCAUUGUCCUUUAAUUCAAUCAGGAGACAUUGUGCGUUGGAGGCGGGGCUACUGGGAGAUACAAUACACACAGCUUUAUUUUUUUAUUCGGGUCGCCUAGAAAGCCGAAAGCUCGAGCGUUGCAUGUGACGCUGGAAAAUGGGUGAUUCCGAAAAGCAGACCAUUUCUGUGAAGGAUAAAGACGGGGUGGAGAAAAGAGGACGAGGAAGACCGAGAAAACAUCCAAAGGAAUCCAGCGGAUCUCCGGUUCCGAAGAGGCCGAGAGGGCGGCCAAAGGGCAGCAAGAAUAAAGGACCUUCCAAGAGAAAAGUGGGAUCAUCUUCCGAAAAGAAUCAAAAGGGGAAGCCCAAGAAGGAGGAAAAGGAGGCAUCUCAGGAGUCCUCUGAGGAAGAAGAGGAGGAUGAAGAUGAGGAACAGUAACUACCUCAUCCUCGGCACUACCUCAUAAUAUGACACAGCCUGGCACCACUUACUAAUCUACAGCCUCUAACAAUCGGAUGUCGUCCGCUCAACCACCUCUGUGGGACUGACAUAAAUAUAGUGUCUAUAACAAUCAGAUACAUGUUUAAAGAAAGUGGAAUAAUUUUAGAAUCUGUGAAUUAGGCUGCAUAUAAGUGUUUAGUCCAUUAAUGGUGCUUACUUGGUGCUUUUCUAUUUUUGUUUUGGUUUGCUUUUUAUGUACUUUGUGACGUGGAAGGUCAGGGGGGAUACAGAAUUAGAAAAGAAAAUCGUUCUAACCGUGUUGUGUAGUGGUCCUAUAGUUAUAGUGUAGGGCUUUCUGCUUAACUGCAACUCCCCUGCACUGACUAGAUUUUAUCUUAUUAGAUUGCCUUUAUUAUAUAUGUUGAUGUGUGAACAUUCACCAUUUGUUGAAGGCUAGGUGUGUGUAUUUUAUGAGAUAAACAGAUCAUGCAUUUAGAUUUGAAUACACCAUUUUCAGUCUUUGUCACUCUGGUGUAAUAGUUGAGUAGGUGAUAUAGAUGUGUCUGAUUCUCAUUGCAAGUACAUUCCAGUAGCAUUUUUAACACACUUGUGACUAACUUAUGUGGACUGUUCCUCAUAUAUGUAUAUUUCUUUUCAUCGAAAGUUUUGCCUUUUUUACUUUUACCAACAGGUCACUUUUCAAGGUCAAAGAAACACACACACCGGCAGAUAAGUCUUUAGCUCUGGUCAGCAUUAAAGAAUACUUUACAGUUGUACAUUUCAAGACAUACCCAAAUACUUCUGGGAGUUUACAGAGAACACCUGUGAAAUAAUGCACACUUGAGCAGCUAUACCUCAGUACCAUGGCUUGUGCUUGUGACAGGUUUGCGUAUAUUGUCAAAUCAGAAUACAUAUGACUGUGUCAUUUGGAUAAGGUCAGAAUUGUCACAAUGACUGUUUUUAUUCUGCAUCACACAUCCCAUCUGUCCACAUUCUCUGAACCAUAUCAACAAUAUGCAUCAGCCACCUCAGGAAUACAGUAUGUAGACAUACCAUGUAGUGUCAGAUAGCACUGAUAUAUAACUUCUGUAUAGAAUGUGUUCAUCAUUUCUGUGGAAAACAAACAACCUUUGCUCUGUACCUAUUUUUACUGCAGCUGAGGAAUUGUCUACAAGCUCUUUUAGGCUUAUACCACGUUUGUUGAUGCCGCAAAUACCUAUUUAUUUCACGUUUAAUUGAGAAUUCAGUUGUCUCUGUGUAGCAUGUUGUGUUAAUAAAAUAUACUUUCUCA